CUCUGUGCCGAGCCGGGAAGGCCUAGAGAGGUGGCUGUGGUGAGGGAGUUGGGAAGGUUGUUGCGGGAGUCGGACAUUGCUGAUGGAUGAGCUAGUACAUGAUUUGGCCUCAGCCCUUGAGCAGACUUCUGAACAGAACAAACUGGAUGAAUUAUGGGAAGAAAUGACUCUGAGCCCAAGACACCAGCGGCGGCAGCUUCGUAAGAGACGGGGACGCAAACGGCGCUCCGACCUCACACAUCAAGCGGAACAUGCUUGCUGUUAUAGUGGGGCCUCAGAAUCCAGCCUGGAAGAAGUUGUGGAAGACUGCCGGGAAGUGCUAACUGCUUACUUUAGUGACUCUGAUGACAUGGCAGUAGCCAAACAUCAUCCAACUCUCAGCACAGCUCUCAAGAAUAAACAGCACUCAUGGCAUGAAUCAGACUCCUUCACUGAGAAUGCACCUUGCCGACCCCUGAGGCGCCGUCGAAAAGUUAAGCGUGUGACGUCAGAGGUGGCAGCUAGUCUUCAGCAGAAACUCAGAGUAUCAGAAUGGACUUAUGAGAAGGGUUGCAGAUUCAAAUCUGCUAAAAAGCAACGGCUGUCCCGUUGGAAGGAGAACGCUCCCUGGACAUCAACUGGCCGGGGACUCUGUGAGUCAGCAGAGACCAGAGCCUUCCUCAGCAAGGGGGGAAGGAAUGAAAGGAUGGAGUGUGAAGCAGAUGAACAGAAACAGGGUUCUGAUGAAAACAUGUCAGAAUGUGAAACCAGCAGUGUCUGCAGCAGCAGUGACACUGGCCUUUUCACCAAUGACGAAGGUCGCCAAGGUGAUGAUGAGCAGAGUGAUUGGUUCUAUGAGGGCGAAUGUGUCUCAGGAUUCACAGUCCCCAACCUUUUGCCCAAGUGGGGACCUGACCGCCAGUCUGAUAUGGAACGAAUGGACUCGAGCCUUGAAAAAAUCUCAGAGCCAACAUUCCUUCUGCCCUCUCGGCCUGUUACAAGAGGAUUUCACCCCCGCUUGAACCGUCUUCCCAGUGUUGCUACCCGCUGUCUUAGGAAGGGCCGUAGAAGGCUGGUUAGCAAGGAGACCAUCAUGAGUGCAAUGGGUACUGAGAGGAUUAGCCACAUCAUUGGUGAUUCCUGCCAAAAAGAAAAGAACAAAGUGCUGGCUUCCAAUUUCUUCCACAUUGCAGCCUGGGUGCAAGAGUUCAAUCCAUUAUCUCCACUGUAUUCCUUGGAUGUUCUUGCUGAUGCUUCGCACCGAAGGUGCUCACUGGCACGCUGCUCAGCCAGGCAGACUAAUAUACAUCUGGGACCGCCGUGCUCAAGGGACAUCAAGAGAAAACGCAAACCAAUCGUGGCAACAGCCUCACUUUCCAGCCCCACCUCAGCAGCUUUAUCUAUCCACAUAGAUGCAUCAGACCCUGAUCCGCCUGUGACCCACCAGAACUGACUGUGGAGGCAGAAUCCAUCCAUCGUCAGAAAGCAUCAUCACUACCACUCCCAACAGCUUUUUAAAAAAUGCCAUACCACGGUACUAAAAGCAGGCAAUUCUUCUGUUAGCAACUGGUUCUGUUUUUUAUCUGUUGGACUUCAGAGUAUAUCACAAUUUUUAUCAGAUGCCUUGACUGGCAAUAAAUGUCUCUCAGUAUUAGUAUGUGACAUGUCAAUAUUAUCUGGUUAUUCAACGUAUCCUGCAAAUCAUGUUUAUAUAAAAAUACAAAUGUAAUCAGUGUUGAGAUUUCUAUACUAGUAAUGUUCCUAUUGGUGUGUUAUUGCACACUCUUGCUUUCAAAGCCAACAAAUACUGUGGAUAUGUGCAAAAUGUUAUUGUUUAUUGAAAAUGCUUACUUUUGUUACCAACCUCUUCAUAGUUGGAAGUAUCAAUUAUAGUAGAAUUUCUGUAUUAAACAGGGAAACAUUUUAAUUGCAGUACUUUGAAGAAGCAAACUCUGUCUCUCCAGCAUGGAUGAUUUGAAUGGAGAUUAACAGACGAUGGAUGUUUUGUAUGGACUGGGCAACUUGACUGCUGUAGAAGGAACAUUUUCCCAACAGUUACUUGUUAGAAAAGAUUUGAGCAUAAUACAGGUAAUCCUUGACUUACAUCCAUUUGUUCAGUGACUGUUCAGAGUUCCAGCAGUGCUGAAAAAAUGGUUGUACAACCGGUCUUCAAAGUUCUGGCCAUCACAGCAUCCUCGUCACAUGAUCGUGAUCUGGACUCUUGGGUGCCCAGUUCAUGAUUAUGACAUUGCAGGGAACUGCAGUCACAUGAUCACCAUUUGUGACCUUCCCUGCCAGCUUCCCACAAGGAAAAGCAAUGGGGAAGCAGCAGAGAAGGUUGCAAGUCGCUCUGGUAAGUUGCUUUCGCUUUUUCUUUUGCCCGCAGCACCCCCUGCCUAUGCUCAGUCUCCUCCGGCCCUCCUAGGCCCUCCCCUGGUCUCCUCCCCACGGCACCCCCACACUCCUUACAUGGGAAUCCCACCUCUUCCUGCUUAAUGAUCCGCACGUCUUGGGGUUACAAAAGCAACCAGGACUGCCCAGGAAUGCUGUCACUAAGCAAUAUGAUUACAUGAUGUCACGCUUUAUGACUGCGUCGCUUAGUGACGGCAAUCCCAGUCCCAAUUGCCAUCAUUACCCAAAGACUACCUGUAAGUUGGUUGCAUCCCCUUUAGGUUGCUCUAUAUAUAUUCUUUAUCCUUUCUGAUUUUUCUUCCAGUUUCACUGGAAUAUCCUAAAGUUGAUUUAAAUUAGAUGCAUUUCCCCUUUGAGCUCACUUUCCUGUAUCCCCCAUGAACAACCAGCAGAAUGAUAAUGUAUGGACUGAAUUGUUAUGUCAGGAAGCUUUGCAAUAUAUAAUCUUUUAAAAUGAUUGACAGCGAAAUGGGCAACCAGCAGAUAUACUCUGUAAAUUAUUUUAAAAGACAUCUGCUAUAUUACCCUGAUGUCUAUAUGUUGCUGUAUUACAGCCUUUUAGAUAAUGCAGUUUGGAGUCUUCCAUUUUUGGGACCCCGUGCACAUGUUUGUUUUUAAAUAAAAAGUAGCUGGAUGCAUUUGGGUCAUUGUGGAACAUAGUAGCUAUGUUUGCCCUAAACCUCACUGCCAGCUAACCAACUUCUAUCUUUAUUUCAAGCCCAGUCUUUGCCCUCAACCCCUUAGCCUCUUGUAUUUUGUGGCCAGUUCCUUGCCCUUCUCCAGUCGUACCACAGUACUCUAAUCUGCAACAAAUGUCUGAGCAGCAUAGCAGAAGUAGAGCAGGAGAUAACCUGGCUGUGGCUGAGGGGUGAAGCUAUAGGAAGUGUAGGCAAAUUUCUUAACUCCAUGAUUGGUAAGGAAGCCACUAAGAAGUUCCCAAGCAGCAAGAAAAGCAGUUGCCUUCCCUUAAACCCUGUUCAAGGCAGGAAAGAUGCUACAUAUUUGCAAAUUUAGAUGUGCCCAGUACCUGUCUCAGCAAAGAAUAUUGCCCUUAGUGCAGUCACCAAGGCUCCUAUGACCUUGUCCUUUUCUCUACUUUUUAUUUUUUCUCAUCUUUCAUGCUACUUUGUUCCUCAGAAAUCAGCUAUGGGAGCCCAUUGUAAGUGAGUCUGGUGAUACUCCCAUUCCACUCCAGCUGCUCCAAAAGGUUGGGGUCAGGGUUAAGCCAGAAGCCCACUAACAAAAUUGGUUCCAUAGUAGCCCAGUGGCAAUUCCACAGAAGGGGUUUUACAAAGCUAUUCUGUUCCAGAGGUGCAGUGAAAAUCUCCAGAAUCUUUUCACAGAGGCUCAGUCAUUGCUCCAUAGAUCUCCUUUUCCUGUUCCAUCUGUGUGAUUUCUACCCCUCUGACUCCUUGCUCCUUCAUGCUCUUCACUUAGAGCUUAUCUUGAUGACCAUGGCUUUUCAUCUUCUACAAUCUCUGUCCAGCAUAGAAUAUAAAAAACAGUCCACUUCUCUUGACAUACUCCUAAUCACAGCUGAAUACUGCUUUGCUUCCAGGAACUCAAAUGUAAAACUAACAUAAUCAACCAUAGCAAAAGCAGCCUGCAUUGAGAGUUCCCCCAUUUUUAAAGUGUUCAGUAUUUUGGUCAUCUUCGUUGUAGAUCUCAGAAGGAUGCACUUGUUCAUUUAAACUAGAUAUCUAUUAGUGCAAUUAAUAGCAUGGAUAUAAAAGUUUAAAAGGAAAGCAUUAUGGUUUCCCAUUAUUCAGCUUUUCUGAACUAGAAUGCAGUAGAAUUGUAGUAUUUUUCAGAUCAGUUGAAUAUGGGAGAAGUCAAUAUUUUGCUUUUAAUUGUUAUCUAUCUUGAUAAUCACUCUAUGUGUAUGUAGAGUACGUAUGUGAGUGGCUAAUUUUUUUUUUUUUUUUGGAAGCAUUGUUUGACUGUUUACAUUUUUUUCUUUCAUAUAUUUUUCCCUGUUACUCAUAUCUUGCUAAAGAUUGUGAGCAGGACUGCAAAAUAGUCCACAUUUUUAGGUACCACCAUUCAGAUUUAGGAGCCUGACAACUGGGUACCCAUGUAAUCAUUCUAGCACAGUUUGCUAUACAUUAUGCCUUUUUGUGUUUUUUUUAACCAUCCCCCCCCCCCUUCUUGGUUUGAAAUCUUAUGCUGGAUUUAAUGUUGACAAGUUGAAAAUGACUGAGUGUUGAUUAGGACACAACAGUUAUAUAUUUGAUUUGGCCAUGUUGUAUAUUAGGGUACAAAGUCAGAGUGAAUGGGGCUGCAGGUUGGGUAGAUCUUGAAAUGCAAGUAGGCAGCAGUUCUCCCUUGUAGCAUUUAGUGUACUCGUCUAGCAGUUGAAAUGAUGCUUAGGAACAGAGAAAGGAUUAGUAUGUUUCAUGUGCUUUUAUAAUGCUUCAGUCUCUUUGUUUAACUGAUAAAAUUGAGGAAUACCAUACAGACAUAAGAAUGAGUACUAAUUCUAUACAAAUAUUUAAAUGCAAACUAGCACUGGUUUUGUUGAUAGAUUUUGCCAGGUGUGGUGAUAUGGGUUUAUCAGGUAACAUAGUGCAGCUCAUGCAUGCCUUACUAAGAUAGUUAGUGAUGCUGUGCCUGUGUCUAAGCCAUUAAUGCUAACCAUGUAACCCAGGCACAGACUCAGAUCUUCAUUAGUAGACUCCUUAUAUUCUCUUAAUACACUCGGAAAUUGAUUGUCAAGUAAAGCCCCUUUUAAUCGUGUAUAAAGGAUGCACAAGUCAAUUUAUUUGAAUGCUUUGUGAAGAUUUGAGAGGCCUUGGGGAAAUCACUAUCAUAACUGUUGUUUCCAGAUUAGUCAUUUUAUUGUCUCCAGCAUAAAUUCUCAUUUAUGCUGAAUGGAAGCUCUACUGUGCCUCAGAUCCUAUGCUGCAUAAUAUACAUUACACAUUUAGACAUGCUGAAGAUCUUGUAAAACUCUUCCUAGUUUUUCUGUGUUCCCAGAUCUAGAGCCUAUAUUUCUUAAACAAGGUUAGAAUGGGAUUUAUAUUAAAUAUUCCAAUGCAGUGUGAUAAAAUGGUACUGUUUGCUGUUUCAUUAGUUUCUUAUUAUGAUUGCCCUGUUCUUUUAAAAGAACUUCCUUCUGCAUGUAAUAGUUGUAAAAAAUGACAAAACACUUAUAGCUGAGUAAGUCAAGGAAUAUAGAAAGAAGCCUAAAUCUGUUGAUUUGUGUCUAUAUUAUGCUUUAAUUAACUUAACAAUUUUUCUGAAAGUAUUAUUUCCAUUUGCCUUUGGAAAAACAGUUUUUCCUAAGGAUGUUUGAUACUUACUGUCAUUCAUAGUUGCUAUUAUAUUUGUAGUCAGAUAAUUAUUUAGCAUGUACUAUGUAAAUAGGGUCCUAUGAAUUCCAUGCAGAAUAUAUUUCAAAUAUUGGAUAAGAAAAAAACACACAUCCUUUUAACAAGAGAAAGUUACAGUUCUGUAACUGGAAUAAAAACAAACUGUCAGCUUUACUUCUGAUUACAGUAUUAUGGCAUUCUUUAUAAUACAUAAAAUGGUAUACAGUACAACAAAGAGAAAGCAGUGGGGCUUGAAACUCCCCACUAUCAUACAAUUGCACAGCCCACAGGACCUUGAAACUUGCAAACUUUAGAUUUUCUGUAUUAUGCUGUGGCUGCAUUCAGAUGUCAUAUUCACUGAUCUUCCAAGUUAGAGUUUCUAUACCUAUUUCAGUGUUUUUUAUUUUAAAUUUUAUAACAACUAUUGUGAUCCAAAAAUCCUAUUAUCAGUAGAGCAUAGCUGCUUGUUAGGUUGUUGGGAAUUGGGUGGGAUACAAAUGUAAUUAAAUAAUAAUAACAAUGUGACACUUCAGUGGUGGAAUAAAUGAGUUUUAAACUAGAUCUUGUGCCAAUUCUAAUUAUUAGUAAUUACAAUAUAAGAGGACUUCCAUUAAUAGUUGUAUAUAACAACUUAAAUGAGGUCUGGAAACAGAUAAUGAAUGGAGGAAUCUCUCCAGAGUUGCAUGUGCAAAUCUGGUACUGUACACAGAUGUCUCUUUCUAGAUUAAGAUAUAGGAAUUUAAACACACAUGAUAUAUUUCAUGAUGGAGAUUUACAAAAUUAUGCAUGGUGUGGAAAAAAUGGAUAUUUUUUUCACUUUCAUGUAAUACUAGAACACAAGGUCAUCCCAAGAAACAGUGGAAGUACUUAACAUAAUGCACAAUUUAUGGGAUGUGCUGCCAGAAGAUACAGUGCCGACCAUUAACUUAAAUGGCUUCAAUUAGACAAACCAGCUAGGCAAAAAUCGGUUACUGGGUAUUAUUUGUACCCAAAUGUGCUCUAUGGAGCCUUCAGCUUUAGCAAGAUGCACUGAAUGCUUCUUAUUGGGGAGCAACUAUAAGAGAAAGCCAUUUUCUUCAUGUCUUGCUUGUAAAGACACCAAACUGGCCAUUGUGUGGAAUGGAGAAAUUGUUAGAUCCAGCAGAGCUUUUGUUAGUUUUUAAAUUUGGCUUGUUUCUUUUUGUCACUCCAUUAGUCUAGGGCAUGACGAACGAGGUACCUGAUUCUACAGGUACCUUGCUACAGUGGUCCUAUCUACUAUAUGCUAAACAAAAAAAAAAUCUGAGGAAAAUUCUGAAAAUCAGAUUGGUUCUUAGUAGGCCGUCAUAAAACUGUCACAUUAAAAACUGCUCAAAACUGCAUGUGGUAGCUGGUAUAUGAGGGAAGAAGUACUGUAUAUGCUUGCUAAGGCGCUGGCUUUCACUGUAUGGCCUAUUUUAGUUGCCUAAUUAUAUGCUGAUGGCAUAUGAACAAGCCCACAUGGAAAAUCAACACCUAUGAAAUACCUUGUUCCCUGGGCAGAGCCAUGUGGACAUGAUUGAAAGUGAGUCACCAUUAAAGGAAAUAGCUCAGAAGCUGUUUCUAGUGUUUUCUACCCCCGAAGGAUGCAGCUUGGUAUUGGAGAUCUACCAGUUAAAUGUACACAGAUUAUUUCCAAUUGCAAUUGUCUGGCUCCUGGUUUUGGCUUUUUAAUCUUAAAAAGGAAAUGGAACAGACAGACACUUUUCUUCUGGAGGAAUGUUUAGAUUUUUGCCAUGCAGGCUGUUGAUGCUUGUUGCCUCCAUAUAUGAGUCACUGAGGGACUAGCCUGUGCUGGAUAUCUCUGGAGUGUUCAGAGCAUUAGGAUUAGAUGCACUGAAUGUUUGUGCUGAUUAUCCUAAUAAUCUCCAUACAAAUCUCAGUUGAGGCUUGCUUCUUGCUUUUGUCCCAUCCUCUGCAUGUAUAAUGCUGUCAAAUGUUUUGUAAAUAGCAACCUACCCAGGAGAGACACUCAGUGAGCAACAUUUAUUGGAUAGAGAAGUAUGUGUGUAGAAGACAGAGGGAGCCCUUUCUUGAUUCAUUACUUUUUAAAGAAGAUGACCAGUUUAAUUUGCUGCCCAUCUGAUUUUUCUCAUCUGCCUCUCCCAGCAGAAUACUAAUGAUACUUCCAUCUAUUUUGCUCAGACAAAUGGAUUCAUGGUGCCAAAAUACCUUUUCUCAUGGGAACACUCUUCUGCAGGUACUAUGGUCAAGCUUUGUGAUUUUUACAUGAUUUAUGGAAGUAUUUUAUCCACCAAUGUUUACUUUGUAAUUAUCCAAUUAUUUUUGAAAUCCUGUUGGAGUUGGUGAUACGCAGUGCUAUGCAUCAAGUUAGUCAUUAUGUGAGGUUCAGAGAGAAUGGGAUUAAACCCUCAAACGAAGAUCUAUGCACAAAAGGAGCAAAUCUGUGUCUUCCCUGCUAGCACUUCAAACUACAAAAUGGAGGGCUCACUUUGUCUAUCAGAUCUAUUUAUCUAGUCUAUCCCCUAUUUCUAUAUUUUCAUAUAGAAAACUAGCAUCAUGGAGGUAGGAAACUAAACCCACUGGUAUGUUAAUUGUAAGCAUAGAGGGAUUUUUUUUUUCCACUGAGCAGAUAUUUAGGCUCCUUUUUAAGUCUGUCUGAAGCCUAGAGAUAGCUUACCCCCUUGAUGAGAACUAAGAAUCCAUGGAACUACUCGUGAGUAAUUUCUGUGGAAGCUUGGUAACACAUUUAUUUUGAGCAGGGACUUUGUGGAUUUAAAUGAGUGGAGAUUCUUGCCCAGUUCAUUAAUGAAAUAGAUACUUCCAUAGGAGUUUGGUCGUUCACUGUAAUCUUUGCUAAGCUUCUACUUAUAUUCUACAUAGAAAUUGCUUGCAUGUGCAUUUUGUUUUGAGCAGGUCCUGGAUUCUUAAGGCCUUUACAAGCUUUGUUUAGGACAAAUGCUGUAAAAAUAUGCUAUGUUGUGGUUCUGGAAUUUUAUUUUAGAAAAUACUUUUUUAAAUAGCAGUGUGCUUAGUAUGUUGAAUAAAAGUUUCCUGCUAACCGUGACAAGGGUUUAUUUCAUUUAUUACUAUACUUGGGUUUCAGCUUCCCCUCCCAACUGUAGUAUUAAAUUUGAGCAGGGUGAAAUACAUUUUAUUAAAAGAGGCAUUUCAGACUUAGAUCUCUUAAAAGUAGGAUUGGUACAAAAAAAUUGAUGCGCAGAUCCCAUCUGUUGUAAUUUAGCACUGUGUGUAUCAGGCAACUUGAAGCUAGUUCAACAAACUAAUUAAAAAUGUAUGGCUUAAUGUUAUGUAUGAAGCAAUCAGUAGGUGUUGUCCUGUUCAAGCAUUCAGAGUGAGCAGGGAUCAAGACAGUGGGUGUACAUUGAACUGUGUGGAGCUGGCCUCUCUUGUACAGGUGUGUGCAUUUUCAUAAUCCCUGCUUAACUAUCUUGAAUGCUUUUUUCAACAUUCCUGGUUCUAGACAUAACUUUUUAAUAUGAGGCAAUAAUUUAUGUUUUGAUAUAAGGGUACAUGAUUGGUCUGUCAAGAAGUGAAAUUAGUAAGCUUCUGACAGAUGGAAUGGAAAAAAUGAAUUAUGCUUAUAUCAGUCCUCAAGUGUUCAAAUAACCACCAAGAGUCUGUUUGUAUUCCAGGAGCUUAUAAAAAUGCAAUAAACCAAUAUCUGUCAACUUUAGAUUAAAAUAAUACACUGCUCACAACAUUUUUGAUUCCUUAGCAAUCAACUAAGGUGAAACAGUCCUUCCUCUGUAAAUUUACAGUUCAGACACUAUAAUUCCAACUAUAUUAGAACUAGCAAGUUCUGUACAUGCUCCCUGUUGUUGAUGUUUCCUGGAUUGUUACACUGCAGUUUCCUACAAUGCACGAAUUGGGAAAAUAACACAUUAAAAUAUUAUGUUACAAUGCAGUUACAUAAUCUGGAUAUUAAUUUGAUUAGCAAAUAGCAAACCUUUGGAUUAAAGUGUAUAUUGGGAAAGGAAGUGUAUAUUGGUAGAAAAUGGCUCAUUAUGUGUGAAUUGAGUUCCUGAUCGCACUUUAAAAAUUUGCACACUCCUAUUUCCUAAAAUGGUAUAUGUUAAUCAUUUGAGAGCAUUCUCAUAUAUGAUAGACAUAAAAAGACAGGAAGGUUUAUAUAGCUUCUGCUCCAUAGUAAUACUCUAGUACAGAUAAUUAAUUAUUGCUAAUUUUUCCCCUUGAGAUUAUUUUGAUUCAUGUGUGGUAAUAUGGCAAUGGAAUAAUAUGCAAAUGAGAGAUAUAUCCUUUGAUAGAACUUCAUGUCAUGUUUACUCACUAAAUGGAUGCAUGAAGACAAUAAUGGAAAAAUUAAAAAUACACAAAUUAAACACAGCAAUUAAACCACAAAUAUACAAAUAAAAAGAAAUAGAAGCCAUCUAGUUAAAAUCCACCUCAUUAGCUGUCAUCCUUUCAAGGUAGGCCAGGUUAGGAAACAGACCGCACCAAGAAAUAUUAUAACUCUAUUGACACAGUCUGUAAUAACCAUCUUGAAAGCCUGACAGUGUUUCCUCUUUUCUCCCAGUAAAGAGAGUCAAGGUGAGACAAUCUUUAGUUUCUUUCUUGCACUUUCUUGUUUUCCUGGACUGAGCUCAGGUUUUACAAUGGUCACUGCGUAUUUUCUCCAAAGCCAUCUCUGUUCUGUAUUUUUUUUUAAAAAGUAUACUCUUAAAAAUGUAGGGUUGUGCAAAGCAUUUGAAAAAAAUGUUUUUACUAAGUGAAAACUAAGUGACAUAAGUAUCUUAGCAUGAGCAAAGCAUCUUUCCUCAAAGCCUUAAAGCAACCGUGUCCUCUGAAAAACUUGUUGCUUCUGACUGCUCAAUAACGCGGUUGUCUCUGUAGACAGCCAGGGACAGCUGUCUGGGGAAAAAGGAGGAGGGGAAAGGAUUUUAAUAUUUGUUCUGUUGUUGAUGGGGAAACAAAGGCUCGAGACAAGAAGGGAGAUGCUCAGAAAACAAAGGCUGCUCUGUCUAGAAAUGUUAUUUACUUUGGAACUACCCAGGCAUUCCUGUUAUGCAUCUUCAAGCUCCAGCAGGAAGGCUACUGUAUUAGUAAACCUUACAUAGAUUCAAGAGGGAGAGAUGGCAGUGUGUUUGGAUGAGGUCUCCUCUUUUAAGGUCGUUACUUCUUACCUUCUUACCUUCAUUUCAGGGAACAUAAAAGCCUUGUGACUUAGCUGUUGCUGGUAUAAACUGUUUGUUAUUGCUUGGGCUCUGUCCGGGGUGCUGAAACACAGCUUGUCUUCGGGGAUCCCACAUUUGACUGAAACCCACCUGCCUCUUUCUCCUGUUUUUCCUUCUGUAUUUGCAACUCCUUCUAACAUGCCCAUGAGAUGGACUGUGCUUUACCAGGAGAGAACUUCAUUUUCUAGUAGCUGAUGAUGCAGGUUAUCAGCACAAUUACUGCAAAUAAUGCAGUAAAAUACUCCACAGCUUGGACCAUAGCUGUUUUCAAAGCAGCCUUCCUUUCAUGUUAACAUGCAUAUCACUUCCUUGUUUCGGCCAACCCAAAAAGAUGUUUCAGACAACCCAUUUACAAAUGUGUACUGAAAUAUAUAUAGUGAUUGAAAUGGCUUGCAACAUUUACAGUUAUAUUCAAAGUUGAUAACUGUCACCUUAGUCAGGCCUCCAACUGAAAAAUAGGAGAAGUUUGGCUUACAGUUAGAGGGAGGGCUUAUCCUGAGAAGAGAUGAUUUUGACAAAACAAGAGCCAAAAGCAAAUGGGUUUUCCUCCUCUGGUGCCUGAUACUGCUCUUGUUAUUCCCUUUCCCCGUUUUCCUGUUAUGAAUUGGGGAAGCAUUAACUUGGAAUAAUCAAUGUAACUUCCUGGAGAGCCCUUUGAGUUAAAAGCCUGUCAUGUUUCUUUAUUUAGUGGAACAGAUGGGGGCUUGGUAUCAGGAGGCUAGGCUUGGUCCCCUUACAGAUGGAUGUUCCAACUUACAAAAUGUGUUCUGCAGGCUGAUUGGUCACAUUCUAUCAGCACACCAAUUUUUCAAGUUCUGGAAUACAGGAAUAAAGCUGCUGAGAGGAAUUAGUGCUGCUACGAAUGCUAAGAUCCUAAAACAGUUUCUUGAACAUGUGUCCUAGAAACAUUCUUUGGUCUUCUUCCCAGGUAACACAUUAAAAGCAGAUUUAUUCACAUGUAAGGGCCUUUUACACUUCUUCUAAACAACAGCAAUAUGGUUGGCCAACUUGUCAAUCUGCCCAUGAUACUUGGAGGUCUUGCAGUGAAAUCAUAUUCUGAACUCAGAAGCUGCAGAUCCACACAAUAAUAAAACAUGCUGUGGUGGUAAUAGUUCAGCACAACAUGAAGCAAAAACAGGUUUGAUAAAACUUAGCAGUCACUCUAUUUAUUCAGAAAGAGGCAGCAUUAUUAUCAGCAUUCUUCAUGAAUGUAAUGUUUAUGGAGAACUGCUUCCAACCUAAAAAUCUUAGUCUAAAAAAUUAACGUCAAGAAAACAGAAAGGGCAGGAGAAUGGAACAGGGAUAAACAAAAAAUUAUGCGAUUAUUUCAGUGGCAUGAUGUUUGGACUGGGAAGUGUACUUGGAUUCUGCAGGAAUUUCCAAAAAGAUUUGAGGAGGUAUUUGAAGAACAUCAUGGAAGCAGUAGCAAGCAACUGAGAUAAUGCCAGUUAAAAGAAGCAACAAGGGUAAAAGGCAGAGUUGUAACAGAAAGCAGAAGAGAUUUGGAUGGCUGCAGGGGGUGUAUAUAGCUUAGCAAAACUAGUGGCUGGGAUAUAAGAGAGCUGGCUGGUAGGCAGAGGGAUAAGCCAUUCCAGGGAGAAGUUUAAGGCAAAGCUUCUUCAGGGCUCACAGGCAGACAGGAAGCCAAAGCAGUGGAGAUUAAAGAAACUAUUGGAGAGGAGAAAAGUCCGUGUGAUACUGCAAUGAAGAUACUAGACAGGGGCCAAGGAAGUUUCCAUCCAACCAAACCUCAUUCUGUGACUUUGGGCCAAUCACUUUCUCACUGUGGCCUAUUUCACAGGAUUGUUAUUGUGAGGGCAAAAUGAGGGAAGACUCCCAUAUAUGUUGCUUUGAGCUCCCAGAAGAGGCAUGUGAGAUAAACAUUUCUUUAUUUGAUUUCUCUGAUUUCUUUGUUCAGGAGCUCAAGGCAGUAUACAUAGCACUGCCCCCCUCCCCAUUAUUCUCUACAACCAAAACCCAGAGAGAGAGUGACCAACCCAAAGUUAGGUGUUCAAGUGUAUCAGCCUUUGAAGGGAAAUCCACAAUUGACUGUGAGCUAAAUCCUGGUUCCAUGAUAAAUAUCCUUUUCCUCUCCGUGCACCCAUCUCCCCCUGUGUAUCUUAGGGGGAAUCAAGUAUCUCCUUUCAUAAAUUUGCUUUUUCUUUUUCUCAUUCUUCCUGUCUUCAGUUCCCAUUCCCUUCCGUGAUCUUCUUAUGUUCUGGUCAGGUUCUUUAAAGGCAAUCAUUGUCAGCAUUUAUCAUUACCCUUUUUUUCAUUUUUAUUUAUAUAAAAAAGAGAAUGGCAGAGAAAGCAGGAAGCAAUGGCAACAGCAAGGCAAUUGCAGAUGAAUAAUGAAAGGAUUCAUCACAGGCAUACCAGGAUAUAUAUAUUUUUUGCAGCCAAGCGAGACUGAUUCCCAUCACAGCUCAGAGACUCGUUCCAUGCAACCACUCAUCUUUCAUGCUGAAGGAGAAGGGAAAGGUGGAGACAGUAUCAUUAUGGAUAUAACUAGGCUCUGAAGUGACUGGUCAAGGUUGCCCCUUCACUUAUGACAAAGCUGCAUAUUGGAUUGGAAUUUUCUGUGCAUGCUUUGUUCUUCUCUGGCAACUUUUCUUUAUGUAUGGGAUACUUAGAAUGGCUUCCCCAACUUGCUGCUUGUGCAUGACUUAGACUAGAAGCACAAUAAGAGUGUUAAAAAUUGAAGUGCCACAGACCUGGAGGGCAGCAGAUUGAUGAAGGUUGCUUUAGAGUAUGGAUAGAAAGUACUAGGAAUGUAUUUGGAAAUUCAAUGGGCACAUUUGAUGGGUAUAUUCACAAAAAUGGCUGCUAUGGGAGAAUUGCCUAUUCACAAAAGGCUGUCAUAGUGGACCUGACCAUUCUCAAGUGAAUGUUACACCAGAAUGCUGUCUCCCAAAGAAGUUGCUAGAAACUAAUUUGAUGCUAAAAGCUUUUUUAAUAAUAUUUUUUUAAAGUCAGAUGGGGAGGAAGCCUGAUGAACAUCUAGGGGAAUAUAUGAGAGAGCAUUGGGACUUGCAUAGUCCAUUCUGCCAUGGCAGAAGUAAGCAAUCUGGUGCCUUCUAGACAUUCUUUUGGACUACAACUUCCACAGAACCUUUUGGCCCUG